AGCAAAAAUCCCACCUUUCAAAACCCUAAACCUUUUGUCUCCUAUCUCUCUCCCCCUCCCAUGGCGACCAUAAUCUCUGCCAUCCUUCUCUUCUCCUUCUUCCCCUCCCCAUCCUUCUCCGCCCCGAUCGAUGAUAAAUGGAGCUUAGCAACCGCAACAUACACCAGAACCCCCUUCCAGGCCGGAGGAGGAGCGUGCGGCUACACCUUAGAAGCAGAGGACCGGCCGGAAUGGAUGUCGGAAUUGGGGCGGAACACGGCGGCGCUGAGCGGCGAACUUUUCCGGCGAGGAGAGGUUUGCGGUUCCUGCUUCGAACUCCGAUGCGUCGAUCACAUACUCUUCUGUCUCCGAGGAAGCCCUUCCGUUACCGUCACCGCCGUCGAUUUCUGCGCGCCUAACUACGGCCUCCCCUCCGUCGACGGCGGGUGGUGCAAUUUCCCCCGGCACCACUUCGACCUCUCUCUUCCGGCGUUCGCUUCUAUAGCUCGCUCCGCCGCUGAUAUUGUCCCCGUUCAGUACCGAAGGUGA